AUGAGCCUCUAUUCGACAGGCUUCUCUUACUAUGCCAAGUCCACAUCUCUUACUCCUGAGUACUACCAAACCCUGCUGGAUCACUAUUGGAGGCGCUCCGGGACGACCCUCUACCGACCGGACCAACUUCAUGCGUGCUGUGUUCAUUACACCCUUCGCCUGGACUCUACUCAAUUCAAACCCACCCGAGAUCAACGACAAACCAUCAACCGGUUCAACAAGUAUCUGGCGGGCGAUGCUUACAUCAAGGAGGCAGCUCGUCUCCACCCUCGGUCACGCGAGCAGGCCAAGAAACGGGACUCCGAGUUCGACUUGAUCGAGAGGGUCCACGAAGCGGAAUACGACUUCCUUCAGGUGCCUCCUGAGCCCGCCCACGUCUUCACCGUCACACUCGAAGAUGAUGUCUUCACCGAGGAGAAGUACCAAGUGUAUGAAAACUACCAGCGAGUAGUCCAUGGGGAACAACCAGCCGACAUCACUCGACGCGGCUUUCAACGCUUCCUAUGCGAGUCUCCGGUCCAGCGCAAGACAAUCACAACUGCGGACGGCAAGGAGCAAAAGCUGGGUUCUUUCCAUCAGUGCUAUCGCUUAGAUGGUAAACUGGUAGCCAUUGGUGUCCUGGACCUGCUUCCCCACUGCGUCAGUGCCGUUUACUUCCUCUACCACGAGUCCAUUCAUAAAUAUGCACCGGGGAAAUUAGGUGCCAUCCGUGAGAUUGCUCUAGCACAGGAAGAUGGUUAUCGUUACUGGUAUCCCGGAUUCUACAUCCAUAGUUGUCCCAAGAUGCGGUACAAGAUGGACUAUACGCCGCAAUAUAUCCUGGAUCCUGAGACGCUGGCUUGGGAUCUCAUGGAUAAGAGAGUAACGGACCUUCUCGACAAGAAGCCGUAUCUGAGCUUGUCAAAGGAGAAAACUGAUGAACCAUCUGUCGAAGCGGUCACGGGCGCUUCAGGUCAACUUGCAGCAGGCCAAGGACAGGCUACAGAAGAAUCCAAGGACAACGACGAUGAUGAUGACGAUGACGAAGACGACGACGAUGACACUUUCUUGUUCAACACGGGGAUGCCAGGUAUCAUGUCGCUUGAUGAGAUCCGCUCACUCGAGGAGAUGGACCAUAUCAAGCUGCGAAUAGACGGCUCUGGACUUGUUUUUGAAACCGGCGACCUGGUCGCGUGGGAGAGACAGGAUGUUGGAGUGAGCGGGUGUCUCAAGGCAGGGAUUGCAGAGCUGGUGGCGGCUUUGGGGCCUGAGCUACUGGAGGAUGUCGUGGUAGACUUUUGGAAUCCUCAUCUGUGA